CUCUGGUAUUUUAUGACCUAGAGACUGUGCUUGUAGCGAAGCGCCCUCUUCCUUCACUGGAAAGUUACGAUCACAUCUUUCGGUGUUUCAGCAAGACCGCCUUUACUCAUAUCUACUCGUCAGUGACUUUCAGAAAAUGUCUUUCUACAGGGGUACCGCUUCGCAUCCUUGGCACGACCUGCACCCCGGUAACGAUGCUCCUAACUUCGUCAAUGCCGUGAUUGAGAUUCCGCGAGGCUCGAAGGUCAAGUAUGAGCUGGACAAGGACACCGGUCUCUGCUUUGUGGACCGUAUCCUGUACUCGUCGGUUGUGUACCCCCACAACUAUGGCUUCGUGCCCAAGACGCUGUGCGAGGACGGCGAUCCCCUAGAUGUGCUGGUGCUCAUGCAGGAGCCCGUCGUGCCGAUGUGCUUCCUGCGGGCAAAGCCUAUUGGCGUCAUGCAGAUGCUUGACCAGGGUGAGCGCGACGACAAGCUCAUUGCCGUGCACGCCGACGACCCCGAGUUCAAGGGCUUCACGGACAUUAGCCAGCUGCCUCCCCACCGCCUGGCCGAGAUUAAGCGGUUCUUCGAGGACUACAAGAAGAACGAGCACAAGGAGGUCAUCGUCGACGACUUCCUUGGCGCUGAGGAGGCCAAGAAGGUUGUCAAGGACUCGCUGAACAUGUACCAGGACCACUACGUGCCCCGUAAGCUCCGGAACGUGUACGAGUAAGCGCGGAUGACCUACACCGUCGUACUUUUACAUCGUGUAUGCGACCUGGCGCAUUGUAUAUUUCGUUUGGGAUUGCUGCUGGCUUAACGGAACCUUGGUGACCGGUGGUGAUUAGGAGCUGUGCAGCGGGCCCUCUAUAUAUAAGGGUAUUGGCGGGCGUUGGGCACCUGCAGAGGUCAAUGCGUGAAUGAUUUAUGCGAUUGCUUGACGGCGGGUUUAGCCCUUCAGAACGAGCGGAUUUGAAGCCCUGACGGCCGUGCUGCGGUUGAUUAAGAGCCGGUGAUGGGCCUGUUGUAGGCACGCAAAGCUCAAUGGCGAAUUGGGUUUUUAGGGAGCGCUGACGGUGAAAGUGCCGUGCUGACGUUGUGCGCGUUUUACUCCCCCAUGACCCGCCUCCCUUGGAAGGUGUCUGAUAUUCAGUGUAAGCGUGGGCGUAAAC